UCGGCUUUUGGUGGGCUGGCGUACAAUUUUUCGCGGUGAUAAGGUACACUCGACUAAUCCAUCCCUCUCGAUUUGUAAGAUCUCAAUGACGUGCUAGCACGGUACAGCAUUAAACGCUUACAAUAUCACAAUAUAUACUCGAGUAUCUAUAUCUAUAUAUACAUACAUAGUAAUUGCUUGCUAUCAAUUCAUCUUCUUCUCACAAUAACACAGCAUAGGUAAUUUACAUACACAUACCUACAUACUCCCACAGCAGUUGUGGGAUUACAGUUCUUCAAAACGAUCAAAGCACACUUCACAAGAUCACUACUACGACCCUUGAAAGUCCAACCUCGGAUUUUAUACCGACAAUUCAAUAUCAUGACUACCGCCGCGCCUAUUCACAAUAUACCUGCCCACAACCUCUCACCUUCGUCAAGAAUUGAAGUUGCUGGACAAGUAAAUAUUAAAGACAGUAGCUUUGUUCCUCGCGGGGACACAACUGUUACCGUCAACUAUUUCAGGCCACCAGAAGAUGGCUCUGUACCCUUCCAGUACGUCGAAAAGCCACCUCCAGGUCAACCGGAGCGCAAUUUCGGUGAAUUUGACAUCCAAAUCCCAAUCACCGAUAUCCGCGGUGAGGAAUCCCAAUACAACCUCGACAAGGAUGCAUUCGAGGUGAUUCUCGGAGUCCCGGAGUCUGCGGAAAAAGAAUUCCGGGAUGAUGAAUCGAUAAAACAAAACUAUUAUCCCGAAGUCGAGAAAUUGGUCUUGGAUAAUGUGCCAGGCUCGAAUAAGGUGUUUAUCUUCGAUCAUACGGUUCGUCGCUCGGAUCCUAAUUCUCAUCGGCGUCCAGUGGCAAGAGUCCAUAUCGAUCAAACUCUGAAAUCGGCUAAACAACGUGUACAACGUCAUUUGCCGGAAGAAGCAGAGAAACUCCUUCAAGGUCGAUAUAGAAUCAUAAAUGUGUGGCGUCCAAUCAAUGGUGUGGUUCAGGGUAACCCACUUGCAUUUGCCAGUUCCGCAAGCACGAGUGACGAAGAUGUUGUUCCGGUGGAACAUAGAUAUCCUACUACAACGGGUGAAACGGCAGGUAUCAGAUAUAACGAGGGACAGAAAUGGCAUUAUUUGUCAGGAAUGAAGAAUGAUGAGAGGUUAUUGCUAGAGUGUUUUGAUAGUGAGUCUUUGAAGCCUGGUACCAAGGUUCAGGGUGGUAGGGUUCCACAUACUGCUUUUGUUGAUCCUAGAACGCCGGAGGGUGCAAAGGGUAGAGAGAGUAUCGAGGUUAGAUGUUUGGUUUUCGGACCUUAGGAUUGAUCUUGUAAGAUUACCAUAUAGGCAAUAGAGGGUUUGGGCAUGGAGUUAUUGUUUAGCAUGGUAUUUUGACAUAUAAAAUAUUAAGUAACCAAAUUAUUCUCCGUUGUUUUAAGUGAAUGCUUAGUGAUUCGCAUACGAGUCCGUAACGGCUAUUUAAAAAGAUCACUAAAAUAUGAUAUAUUCUUCCGGCCAAAACAGCGAUAUACAAUCAGUGCACUCACUUAUUGUA